AUGGCACGGUGGCUAGGUACAAAGCUCGGCUGGUUGCCAAAGGCUUUCAUCAAGAACUUGGGGUGGACUUCCAUGAAACUUUCAGCUCAUCAGCUUGAUGUCUCUAAUGCUUUUCUGCAUGGCAAGCUAACUGAGACGGUGUUUAUGGCUCAACCUCCUGGCUUUACCGAUCCGAAUUAUCCAACUCAUGGCACACAUCUGUUCUUGUUAAUCUAUGUGGAUGACAUCCUUUUGAUGGGCAACAAUGCCUCAAUCCAGCAGCAGUUACUUGAUGAUCUACAAGGCACCUUCCAAUUAAAGCAUCUAGGCAACCUUCACAAUUUUCUUGGUCUUCAAUUCACCUCAGUUCAUUCAGGCUAUCUAGUUCAGCAAACUUCCUAUACUAACACCAUACUUCAACGUGCUGGCAUGGUCAACUGUAAGCCGCUCUUAACGCCGAUGACAUCCAAAGUAGUAGACAACUCUGAUGAUGAAUUUCCCUUUACCGAUCCUCCACUCUACAGGCGUCUCGUUGGCUCACUGCAGAAAGUUGCUCUCGGUUUACCGAUCACAGCUGGGUCAUUGAAUCUCACUGCCUUCACUGAUGCAGACUGGGCAGGUGACAAAACUGAUCGGAAAUCUACGACCGGAUUUUGUGUAUUCAUCGGCUCUACCUUAGUCUUCUGGGCCACUAAAAAGCAAAGUACCAUUGCUCGGUCAUCUACUGAAGCAGAAUAUCGUGCUCUUACAUCACUAGCCACGGAACUUAUUUGGCUCCGCCGACUACUCAAGGAGUUUCAUGUUGAACACUCAUCUCCGGUCCCCAUCUUCUGUGACAACAUAUCUGCAAUCUCUUUGGCUCACAAUCCGGUAUUCCAUGCGAGGACCAAGCAUAUCGAAAUUGAUCACCAUUUUAUCCGAGAAUGUGUCAACAAUGGCACGGUGGUCAUUCAUCAUGUCUCUACAAAUGAUCAAAUUGCCGAUAUUUUUACAAAGCCGCUCUCCACCUCUAAAUUUUGUGAUUUCAGACACAAAUUGACUCUCCAGAACUUGUAG